CAGGCCAGGGCAGUGCAGUGUGAUGAGGAGUGUCUGUUAUCUAGUGACACUGCAACAUCCCUUGGAUCCUAGUGAGCAGCCACCAUCUUAUGUACUGCAAUGAGACAUAGCAGCUUCUAGGAUGCAUCUCCUAACCAUUUUGCCACUCCUGGGGGAUUAUUGAUGGAGAAUGUCUGAUGUAUUUGGAACCCAUAACUUGUCUGGAAUAUAAGAAAAACAAGCAUUCUAUAGACACAAAUUAGACUGCACAUAGCAAUUUAGAACAACUCCUCAUGUUCUGUUUUGUUUUGGGAAAAGAUGAUUACUCCUUACACUGAGCAGAGCCAAAUAACCUGCUCCAAGAGGCAAACAGCAGCAGAGACCCUAAUCUGUUUGGAAUUGAAUGUCCAGAGAUGCAAGGACAUUGCUUAUUGCCUGCUCCGAAGCCAUGCUAAUUGGUGUUAGCUCUGCCCUUGUGUGGACUUAGAGGUUAUGGAAGAAUAACAGCUGGUGCACACUGCUUUUUGCUUUCCUUUCAACGUGAAUACAGCUUUAUAAAGUACCUGAAGCGAUGGCAUCAGAAGUUGCGUGUGGGCUCAUUUUCAGAUUACUUCUCCCAAUCUGCCUUGUUGUUGCAUGCAUGUUCCGGUACAAUGGAAUAUCAUUCGUCUACCUCAUUUAUCUCUUGCUUAUUCCUUUAUUUUCGGAACCUACCAAGAUUACAAUGCAAGGACAUACAGGACGGUUACUAAAAUCCUUAUGUUUUACCAGUCUUUCAUUCCUGUUGCUGCAUAUCAUCUUUCACAUAACAAUAGCCAGCCUGGAGGCCAGAAAAAUGAUAGACCCCCAUUUUAACUGUUCAACUUGGGAGAAAACAUUUCGACAGAUAGGUUUUGAAAGUGUAAAGGGAUCAGAUGCUGGCAAUGGUAUACGAGUGUUUGUACCAGAUAUCGGGAUGUUUAUUGCCAGUUUUGCCACUUGGCUGGUAUGCAAGAAACUUAUUCAGAAAGCAUUGACUGAGGAAGAUGCACAAUACAACACCCAAUUUAUAAAUGAAGAAUUGACAGAAGCAGGAAAGAUGGACAUGGGUGAUGCAUUAAUGUAUGAAGAAGAUUAUGAAGAUGAUGCUAAUGAAGGAGUAGAAGAAAGCACAAGGUUAAAACUUCUUCGCAAAGUCGCCUCAUUUGCCUCCAAACUUAAAGAAUUUAUUGGCAACAUUAUAGCCACCGCUGGAAAAGUAGUUAUUACAAUAUUACUUGGUAUAACAGGCAUGAUGUUGCCUUCUUUGACCUCAGCUGUGUAUUUCUUUGUAUUUAUGGGGUUAUGCACAUGGUGGUCCUGUCGCCGAGUAUUUGAUCCGCUGAUAUUCAGCUGUCUAUGUGUAUUAAUGGCCAUAUUCAGUGCAGGGCACUUGAUUGGACUUUAUCUGUACCAGUUGCAAUAUUUUCAAGAGAUUAUUCCACCAGGUGAUUUUUAUGCCAGGUUGUUUGGUAUCACUUCUUUAGUUCAAACCAACUGUUCAAGCACAUGGAAAUUUGUAGCAAACCCAGAACUACAUUGGUACCACUAUACGAACCCUGUCAUCCUGUUAGUACUGUAUUACACACUGGCAACUCUCAUACGUCUUUGGCUGCAAGAACCUGUCAUUAACUAUGAAGAAGAUAAAGUAAAUGAGGAAGGAGUGAAAGAAGAAGACUGCAGCCCAGCACCUCUCACUGCAGAAAGAAGACGCAGUCUGUGGUAUGCUACUCACUAUCCCACUGAUGAACAAAAACUUCUUUCCUUGACUCAAGAUGAAUACAAGCCAUCUGAUGUAUUGCUUGUAACAGUUAACGGAACACCAGUUGAUUAUCAUACUAUAAAUACGGCACUUCCUAUAGAGAACGGACCAACAAAAAUAGAUAUGUAUUCUACACCGCAAUACAAAUGGGAGCAUACAGAUGAAAUCACAGAAAAGAAAGAAGAAGACGACGACGUAGUAGAGGGAGAGAUGGAAGAGGAAGGUUCUGAGAAGAAAGAAAAUGCCAAAGUUCAUGCAAUGGUGGUUGCAUUGCAGUUUAUCAUGAAGCAAAGUUAUAUAUGUGCUCUCAUUUCUAUGAUGGCUUGGAGUAUCACAUACCAUAGUUGGUUAACGUUUGUGUUAUUGAUCUGGUCAUGUGCCCUCUGGAUGAUUCGUGAUAGGAGGAAGUACGCCAUGAUUAGCUCGCCAUUUAUGGUUACAUAUGGUAAUUUGUUGGUAACUUUACAAUACAUAUGGAGCAUAGACCUGGAAUCUGAACUUUCUGAAGUUCAAGGUCUUCUAGAGCGAAAGAAACCAGAAGAACUUGCAUCCAAGAUACUUUUCUUAGUUACUUUUUGGCUUUUGCUCAGACAACAUCUAACUGAGCAAAAUCUGUUAAAGAUAAAAGAAGCAACUUUAUCAGAAAUAAAAGUUGGAAGCCAGGACAAAGAGGAAGAAUUACCAGCAGAUGAAGAAGAAGAAAAAGAAGAUGACGAAAAUGAUAUCAUGAAGGUUCUUGGGAACAUGGUGAUGGCAAUGUUUGUCAAGUAUUGGAUAUACGUUUGUGGCGGAAUGUUCUUCUUUGUCAGCUUUGAGGGGAAAAUAGUCAUGUACAAAAUCAUCUACAUGAUGCUCUUCCUGUUCUGUGUGGCUCUGUAUCAGGUGCACUAUGAAUGGUGGAGACGAAUUUUAAAAUAUUUCUGGAUGUCUGUGGUAGUUUACACCAUGUUGGUGCUAAUCUUAAUUUAUACUUAUCAAUUUAAAUCCUUCCCACCCAUUUGGAUGAAUAUGACUGGAUUAAAUGAAGAGAAGCUAGCAGAUCUUGGUUUAGAGACAUUUGGUCUGACUGACCUGUUCACGCGUAUAUUUAUCCCAACUUCCUUUUUGUUGGUGUGCAUAUUACACCUUCAUUACUUUCAUGACCAUUUCCUGCAGCUCACUGACCUUAAGGCUGUAACCAGCAAACAGGACAACACAAUUUACAGAUUGGUGCACCCAGAUGGAAGCUUGCCCGAUUUAACCAUGAUGAACUUAACUGCAGAGGCGGAAAUGCUAGAAGAGAAGCAGGAAAAGCAGCUGGAGGUAUACGCCCAACAGAAGGAACAGGAAUCAGCGGAUGAAUGGCAGAAGAGAGAUGACAAGGGUGGAGGGUAUACUGAUGAUGAGGAGGAGGAUGAGAAGGAGGAGGGAGAGGAAGAAGAAUCAGAAGAGGAGGAAACUUCAGAGUCCAGGAAUAAAUGGCAUUUAGUCAUUGACCGCCUGACAGUUCUUUUCCUAAAAUUUUUGGAAUACUUCCAUAAAUUACAACUCUUUGCCUGGUGGAUUCUGGAACUUCACAUAAUAAAAAUAGUUUCUUCAUACAUCAUAUGGGUGACUGUGAGAGAGGUGUCUUUGCUCAAUUAUGUGUUUUUAAUCGCCUGGGCUUUCGCCUUACCCUAUUCCCAGUUCCGGCCAUUAGCAUCCAGUGUAUGCACUGUCUGGACAUGUGUGAUCAUUGUAUGUAAAAUGUUGUACCAACUCUCAACCAUUGAACCACUGAGCUAUUCCAGUAACUGUAGCAUGCCUCUGCCCAAUCAGACAAAUGUUAUCAGCAAUACAGAACUUGAGAAUUCCCUUCUGUACAGUGGUCCAAUUGAUCCGUCCGGAUGGGUAGGAUUAAAGAAGUCUAUACCACUACUUUCAUACUUACGGAACAAUUUGCUCAUGUUGUUCAUAUUAGCUUUCGAAGUGACAAUUUAUAGGCAUCAGGAGUAUUACAGGUGCCGAAACAACGUGACCGCACCAGUCACAAAAACAAUAUUUCAUGAUAUCACAAGACAGCACCUGGAUGAUGGACUCCUUAAUUGUGCCAAGUAUUUCAUAAACUAUUUUUUCUACAAAUUUGGUAUGGAGACUUGCUUCUUACUUUCUGUUAAUGUAAUUGGUCAGAGGAUGGAUUUCUUUGCCAUGAUCCAUGCAUUUUGGCUGUUUGCCGUACUGUACAGACGUAGGAGAAAAGCAAUUGCAGAAAUCUGGCACAGAUAUUGCUGCUUCCUUGCCUGUAUUAUUACAUUCCAGUACUUCAUAUGUAUUGGCAUUCCUCCUGCUCCAUGUAAAGACUAUCCGUGGAGACACCAUGGGGCCAAAUUUAACUCCAAUAUAAUAAAAUGGUUGUAUUUCCCAGACUUUAUUGUGAGACCUAAUCCCUUAUUUCUCGUCUAUGACUUUAUGCUAUUGCUUUGUGCAUCCCUGCAAAGGGAAGUAUUUGAGGAUGAAAAUAAGGCAGCAAAUCGGAUUAUGGCUGGAGAUAAUGUGGAAAUCUGUAUGAAUCUUGAUGCUGCAUCAUUUAGUCAACAUAACCCAGUCCCUGACUUCAUUCACUGCAGGUCCUACUUGGACAUGUGCAAAGUAAUCAUGUUCAGUUACCUCUUCUGGUUUGUCCUUACGAUCAUCUUCAUUACGGGGACUACAAGAAUCAGCAUAUUCUGUAUGGGCUAUUUGGUGGCAUGCUUCUACUUCCUCUUAUUUGGUGGCAAUUUGCUGCUAAAGCCUAUACGACGUAUCCUGUUCUACUGGGAUUGGUUAAUAGCAUACAAUGUCUUUGUUAUUACAAUGAAAAACAUAUUAUCAAUAGGAGCAUGCGGUUACAUAGACUCGCUGAUUGAAAACAGUUGCUGGUUAAUUCAGGCAUUCAGUCUGGCCUGUACUGUAAAAGGUUAUAAUAUCCCUACGGACCAAAAAAAUUGUCAGUUGCCUAGUGGUGAGGCUGGUAUCAUCUGGGACAGUAUAUGUUUCGCUUUCCUGUUAUUGCAAAGACGAGUAUUCAUGAGCUAUUAUUUCCUGCAUGUUGUUGCCGACAUAAAAUCUUCUCAGAUUCUUGCAUCAAGAGGUGCUGAACUCUUCCAGGCAACAAUUGUCAAAGCAGUCAAGGCGAGACUUGAGGAAGAGAAAAAAUCCAUGGAUCAACUGAAAAGACAGAUGGACCGCAUUAAAGCCAGGCAAGAAAAAUAUAAAAAAGGUAAAGAGAGAAUGUUAAGUCUUACUCAGGAAUCAGGAGAAGGCCACACUAUUCACAAACAUGAAGAUGAUGAUGAUGAAGGAGAAGCAGAAAAAGAGAAAGUCAAGGGCAAAAAAAAGCAGUGGUGGCGGCCUUGGGUUGAUCAUGCUUCCAUGGUCAGAAGCGGUGAUUAUUAUUUAUUUGAGACGGACAGUGAAGAGGAAGAAGACGAUGACAAUAAAGAUGACGAUGAGCCAAGAAAAAAAUCUGCAUUUCAGAGAGCUAUUGGAAAGUUUGCUUCAGCAAUUUUAGCCUUGCCAAAGUCUGUCAUUAAACUGCCUAAAACAAUUCUUCAAUAUUUAAUCAGAGCUGCAAAGUUUAUUUACCAAGCCUGGAUAACUGAUCCAAAAACUGCCCUGAGACAAAGACAUAAGGAGAGCAAAGAGGAAAAGCAAAGGCGGAAGGGAACAGCAGAAGGUCACAUAAUUGUAGAAUGUGAAGAUAAAGAAGAAGAACAAAGCAAAAAGAAGUCCGAUGGUCCGGAUAAUAUUAUCAAAAGGAUAUUUAACAUUUUGAAGUUUACAUGGGUCCUUUUCCUUGCCACACUUGAUAGCUUUACAUCCUGGCUUAACUCAAUUUCUCGAGAAUACAUUGAUAUCUCCACAGUACUAAGGAUAGAACGUUGUAUGCUCACAAGAGAAAUUAAAAAGGGUAUUGUUCCAACCCGGGAGAGCAUUCACAUGUUUUAUCAAAACCACAUAAUGAUGACCCUUUCUAGAGAGUCAGGACUUGAUAGAAUCGAUAACCAACCUGGUUCAAGUUCUGGUCAUUCAAACCAUGGAAACAUCGCAAGUAAAAGGAUGGACAGUGCAGACUCCGCUGCUUCUCAUGACAGCAUGUCCAGCUGCAACACUGAAGCAACCAUGCUGUUCUCAAGGCAGUCCACACUUGAUGAUUUAGACGGACCAGACACUGUACCAAAAACAAGUGAGCGUGCCCGGCCUAGGCUUCGUAAAAUGUACAGCAUGGACAUGUCCUCUUCAUCUGCUGACAGUGGCAGUGUAGCAUCAAGUGAACCAACACAGUGCACCAUGGUGUAUUCACGGCAGGGGACAACGGAAACCAUUGAGGAAGUAGAAGAUGAGCAGGAACAAGAUGUCAAAAGCCCCACCUCCAGAACCAGUGCAGAGGAAGAAGACUACUGUGCUGACCUGGAGGAAUCUAGCUAUACACCUGACACAGAAAUGCCUUUAUAUUCUACAGCAGAUGGGGACCUUCCACCAUCCUACAGCAAAGCUGUUAGCUUUGACCAGCUGUCAUUAGCUUCCCAUGAUGAAUCUGCUGAUAACAAUUUGAUGAUGUUAACUCCAGAUGACAGUCGCACUGAUAAACUACAUGAUUCUAUAUUGCCGCCUCUUACACAUGAGUUGACUGCAAGUGAACUGCUUCUAAACAAGAUGUUUCAGGAUGAAGAGCUGGAAGAAUCUGAAAAAUUUUAUGUUGGGCAGCCCCGCAUGCUGCAACUUAUUUAUGCACUUUACAAUACUUUAGUGGCCAGAUCAGAAAUGGUGUGCUAUUUUGUGAUUAUUCUCAACCACAUGAUCUCUGCUUCCAUGAUAACAUUGGUUCUGCCAGUUCUUAUAUUUCUGUGGGCUAUGUUAUCUGUGCCACGGCCUAGUAAAAGAUUCUGGAUGGCUGCCAUUGUAUAUACAGAGGUAACAAUCGUUAUCAAGUAUUUCUUCCAAUUUGGAUUUUUCCCAUGGAACACAAAUUUGGAUUUUUACAAAGACAAACCUUACCAUCCGCCCAAUAUAAUCGGCGUGGAGAAGAAAGAAGGAUAUGUGCUCUACGACCUGCUUCAACUUCUCGCUUUAUUUUUUCAUAGAUCUAUUUUAAAGUGUCAUGGUCUCUGGGAUGAGGAUGACGUGACUGAGAAUGCCACCCACAAAGACGACACAGAUGAUGAAUUUUCAGAAGCAUCAGGAAGAAAAGAUUCUGUUGGUUCAUUAAAAUCAGUUAAUCUUGCAGCAUCUGCAGAAUCCAUCCAUGUUCACUUCCCAGAGGAGAAGACUGCAAUCAGAAGAAAAAGUUCUAGCAGUGGUUCCCAAAUCUCUCGAAGGUCCAGUUACUCUUCGCACAGAUCAAAGAGAGGUAGCACCAGCACUCGGAACAGCAGCCAGAAAGGUAGCAGCAUACUAAGUAUAAAGCAAAAAUCUAGAAAGGAACUGCUCAUGGAAAAACUUAGAGAGCAACUCAUCAAAGCAAAAGCUUUUACCAUUAAAACAUUCCUCCAGAUAUACUUGCCAAUCAAACAGUUUUUUUACAAUCUUAUACAUCCAGACUACAGUGCUGUGACAGAUGUUUAUGUGCUAAUGUUUCUGGCAGAUACUGUAGACUUCAUCGUAAUCAUAUUUGGCUUCUGGGCAUUUGGGAAACACUCGGCUGCAGCAGAUAUCACUUCCUCUCUGUCAGAAGACCAAGUGCCAGAGGCUUUCUUGGUGAUGGUGUUGAUACAGUUUGGUACCAUGGUUGUUGACCGUGCACUCUAUCUCAGGAAAACGGUCAUGGGGAAAGUCAUUUUUCAAGUUAUCCUGGUGUUUGGAAUACAUUUUUGGAUGUUUUUCAUAUUACCUGGAGUGACAGAGAGGAAAUUUAGUCAGAACACUGUUGCCCAGAUGUGGUAUUUUGUGAAGUGCAUCUAUUUUGGACUAUCAGCUUAUCAGAUUCGUUGCGGUUAUCCAACAAGAGUGCUUGGUAACUUCCUCACCAAGAGCUACAAUUAUGUCAACCUGUUCUUAUUUCAAGGUUUUCGCCUGGUGCCAUUUUUAACUGAGCUGCGAGCCGUCAUGGAUUGGGUAUGGACUGACACCACACUCAGUCUUUCCAGCUGGAUUUGUGUGGAGGAUAUCUAUGCUCAUAUAUUUAUACUAAAAUGCUGGCGAGAGUCAGAAAAGAGAUAUCCUCAGCCCCGGGGUCAGAAGAAAAAGAAAGUGGUGAAGUAUGGAAUGGGUGGCAUGAUUGUGGUUCUUCUGAUCUGCAUUGUCUGGUUCCCUCUGCUUUUCAUGUCCUUGAUAAAAUCAGUUGCUGGUGUCACAAACAAACCCCUGGACGUGUCCAUUACAAUAACUCUUGGAGGUUACCAGCCUAUUUUUACUAUGAGCGCACAACAGAACCAGCUUAAAGAUAUGGAUGGAUCCUUGCACAAGUAUUUUAUGAAGAUUAACAAUAAAGACACUUCUGCCCUCCAGUUUCUGGAAGGAUAUGGAAGGGAAGAUAUAACCAUUGCAGAAUUAGAAGGGAAUUCCAAUUCUUUAUGGACCAUUAGCCCGCCAAGCAGACAGAUGAUGAUAGACAGCCUUAACAGUUCAAAUGAUGUCCCGCUUGUUGUUUCUUGGGCCAUUCAGAGAAACAUGAGUCUUGGAGCUAAAGCAGAGGUCACCGGUGAGAAGCAUACCGUUUAUUUGAGUGCUGACACAAGACUGGCAAUUGCUGAUAUGAUGGUCUCGAACAAAACAACGCCAGUAACACUUCAACAUAUCUAUCCAUGGUAUAUCAAAGCCCCAAGUGAUUCUACAUCUAAGCCCAUAAUGCAGCUACUUAAAGACAAACAAUUUGCAAAUAUUACUGUUUCGCUCAAGAGAAAUGGUACGGGUGAGGGUGCACGAGAGUGGUGGGUUCUUAAUCAAACUAUGAAGCAUUUUUCAAAUAAGACUGGAUUGGAACUAUUCGUUUUCAGCGAUAAAGUCAGCCCUCCUAGUCUUGGCUUUUUAGCAGGCUAUGGAAUUAUGGGACUGUAUGCAUCUGUGGUACUGGUAAUAGGAAAAUUUGUGCGUGAAUUCUUCAGUGGAAUCUCUCACUCCAUCAUGUUUGAGGAGCUACCAAAUGUGGACCGUAUCCUAAAACUGUGCACAGACAUUUUCCUAGUGAGAGAGACUGGAGAAUUGGAACUGGAAGAAGAUUUGUAUGCCAAAUUAAUAUUCUUGUACCGCUCACCAGAAACUAUGAUCAAAUGGACAAGAGAAAAAAAUAAAUAGUUUUCAUGAACUUAAUAUUCAGUUGACUUCAUCUGGAUUAUUAUAAAGCACAAUAUUGUCAUAGCUCUCAUAAGAGCUCGGACUCUUCCAUUGAAGAAGCGGUUUUCCCUCUUAUAGAUCUCAGUGGCACUACAUUGAGCAGAGACAUUAAAGAAGGUUGGUGGUUUUGGUUGGUCUGCAACCAACAAUAUUCCAGGAACUUUUCAUUGGAAGAGAUACCUUUAUGCCCAAAAGUGUGACCUAUGCACAAUGAUUACAGGAAUACAGUUCAGUGUAGACUGUUCAAGUCUUUCUUCAGCAAUGACAUCUGUUGGAAUAUGCAAUAUGCUGCUUUAGAGUGUCCUAAACCCUUGAAAUUGCAAUGUGCUGAUUCUUUAUCACUCUGAUGAAGAUUUGAUGCAGCUGAGGGUAAUUACGUGGCAUUUGUCUGUUAUAGGAAAACAGAUUAUUUAUGCAUUAAAAAGCCUCAACGGACAUACCAAAGUUAAAAAUACACAAAAUGACAAUCUUGUUAACUGCCUUAUUUUUAUUUAUAAAGCCCAACAGAAUAUUUUCAUCAAUCAUUAUUGACUUUUCUCAGGAAAAUAAAAUUAAAGACUAACAAAAUGAUAAUUAACAAAACUCUUAACAUAAGAAUUGCUCAAGGCCAUUUUCCACAAUUGUUACUUUAAAUUGGAUACAUUCUAAUGACUUGAUACCUCGGUGUAAGUGACUGAGAUGCAUGCCCCAACUCCUACCUGAUUUUCUAGGAGUUUGUUUCCCGUUUUUCAAAUGUAGAAAGAAAAUGUUUACAUGACAUAUUCAUAUUUGAUUUUUACUAUGCACUUAUUUUUUAUGUUCGUGUUUGAUUAUAUUCUACCAUCUUUUAAAAAAUGGCCUUUCUUAAUUUAUUUCUAGUCUCAAUCAUCCGUGGUUCUCAUCAGGAAACAUUGUAGCAUGAAACAAAUAGGAUUAACAUAGAAUAGAAAUGUUUCAAGGAUUUGUGGAAUAUUACUUAACAAUCACUAGUAAUAAAGCACACCCUAUCUUCUUUGCUGUUUCCUGCUUGCCAUAGGCAUAUAGAUUUACUUUUAAAUAUAGUUAGCAGCCGUCACUUUCUUUAUUUGCAAGCUGAUAAAGCAAAAAUACUGGACUUUUUUGUUUUUUUUUACCUGAACAUUCCUUAUACCUUUAUUAAGGGCUACUUACUAAUAAAGACUUUGUUUGAAAAUUAUAAUAUGUAACAAUACAAAUGGCAUGCACUUAUGUAAUUCUCCAUCUGGCCCCUGUUCUCUUGUGGCUCUUUGCAAAUAGACUAUAACAGUGAAUUACACAGAGUGGAAGGGUUCGUGCUCAUUAUGCCAAUUGUUUAUUUCCUUCUAUAAAGUGUUGUCACCUGUACAUGGUGUAGGCAACCAAUUUGUAAAUGAAACCAAUAUGCAUACAAAUGAAGCCUCUUAAUUCACUAGAAAGUGUUACCAGUGACCAGGCAGUGAGGCAUAACCUAUAUUGUAAACAAAACUGCAUACUAUUGGCUUGGCCCACACAAUGGCUGUCUCAUCUUUGUGUAGGUUUCAGGCACACUUUAAGAAGCAUCACUGAAUGGAGUAAAACAGUAUGGGCAUUGGACUUAUCAGUUUGAGUAUGGGAUCAGAAGUAUAACAGUAAAUAAUAUAACCCGUACACUCUAAUCCCCUGUUCAGUCUUGUGUUAUAGUUUAUGAUCCUUUCCACAAAAACAAAGUUCAACAAAUCAGUUAUGUAGCUUGCUGCUGUAAGUGGACUCUCCCAUAUAUAUUAUAUGAACCUUUGAGAGAAUGUCAUAACCACUAAAUUGAAUGAAUAGCGGUCAUCAUGUUGUAACUUAGAAAGUGAUGUGCUGCUUCCCUAAAAGUUACAGAGACCUUAAGAGUAUUUAUUUCUCAACAUUGUUAAUUAAAACAAACUGUUUUACUUCCUUGAAUCCCACAAUGCAUGAUUAAACAGCAGGUCCUAUGGUCAUACAACUGCUGUAUCAUUUUACUGACAAUGGAUGACGUUUGUAGAAUAAUAUUUGCGUGACAUGGGACUUUUCCAAUGGCUGCUUUUUUCUUACAACAAAAACAUUUUAAAAUAAAUUUUUUUCACAAUC